CAGAGUCCCAGGGGUCGGGCAUGGAGGUGCUGCUGCUCCCUGAGAGUGGAUGAGUUGGAGCAGCGUGGAUGGAGCGCUGCGUGCUGCUGGAUGGACUGACAAGCUUUGAUUUUCACUGACGGGGAAAAACUCUGCAGACCUUUUAAACAUGGAGUUAGGAAGAGUUUGGUCCAGACAUCAGAGGACGCUGUUGCUCAUGAUGAUGAUGUUCAAACUGGGCUUUCUGUGCACAGCAGCAGCAGAUAAGUGUUUAUCGUCUCCCUGCAACAAUGGAGCCACCUGUAUAGACCACAUGGGCGACUAUGUGUGUGUGUGCCCCAAAGGACCAGUGUGGUUCAUGGGAAAUAACUGCAGUGAGCUGUACGACGCCUGCAUCUUUUCAAAUCCGUGCAAAAACUGUACAAGCACACCAGGAACCGACAAGUUCACCUGCCACUGCCCCGACGGCUUCACAGGACUCAACUGCACUCAGGAUGUAGACGAAUGUCAGAGCAGCCCCUGCAUAGGCCUCCGCUCCCUCUGCGUCAACAGAGUCAAUGAAUAUUCCUGUCAUUGCCCCCUUGGGUUGGGAGGAGAGAACUGUCAGGAUAAUGUCACUGUUUGUUCAGAGGACACAUGCCAGAAUGGGGGAACCUGUAUGGACAUCCCUGAUGUUGGGUACCAGUGUCAGUGCGCUGCUGGGUACCAGGGGACGAACUGUGAGGAGGACAUCGAUGAGUGUCAAUCUGAGCCGUGUCAGAACGGAGCCAUCUGUAAAGACGGGGUAAACGCCUAUCAGUGUUUCUGUGUGCCUGGAUUUCAGGGCUACCACUGUGACCUGGACAUCAACGAGUGUGCCUCUCGACCCUGUCAGAACAACGGCACCUGUCUGGAUGAGGUGGACCACUACAGCUGUGACUGCGCUCCUGGCUUCAAAGGGAUUAACUGUGAGGCGGAGAUCGAUGAGUGUGAGGUGCAGCCCUGUCAGAACGGCGCCACCUGUCGGGACCACGUAGCAGCGUACACCUGUGAGUGCAUGGCCGGCUUCCAGGGCCCAGACUGUGAGGUCAACAUCGAUGAAUGUGCCAGCAUGCCCUGUCUGAAUGAGGGCAGGUGCAUCGACGGGGUCAACAGCUAUAUGUGUGACUGUGAGGGGACGGGCUUCUUGGGCGACCACUGUGAGGAGGAUAUUCCCGAAUGUGCCUCUGACCCCUGUCAGCAUGGAGCCACUUGUUUGGAGGGGAUCAAUGAAUACAAGUGUCUCUGUUGGCCAGGUUACGAAGGAGAGAACUGCCAGGUGGAUAUAGACGAGUGUGAGCAGAACCCAUGUGAGAAUGGAGGCGAAUGUUUCCAGCGCUCAGAUGUCCUGAACUACUGGAAGCUCCCUGAACUCAGCAAGGCCAAUUUCAGCUAUGAUGAGGCCGCUGGCUUCAUCUGCCACUGUCUGCCAGGAUUCACCGGAGAUAACUGCUCGAUCAAUGUGGACGAGUGUGAGUCUGCUCCGUGUCAGCAUGGUGGGAGCUGUCAGGAUCUGAUCAAUUCUUAUCAAUGUGUUUGUCCAGACGGCUUCACAGGCAUACACUGUGAGGUGGACAUCAACGAGUGUGACAGCGAUCCCUGCAAGAAUGGCGCCACGUGUGAAGAUGCUGCCAACCACUAUAGGUGCCACUGCCCUGCGCCGGAGCCCGGCCUUGAGCCCUGGGGUGGGCCAGACUGUGACGUCCGACUCGUCGGUUGCCAACAGCACCAGUGUCAACACGGAGCAGGCUGCGUUCCCUUGCUGAUGGAUGAUGGGAGGCACAACUACACCUGUUUGUGUCCGCCGGGCUGGUCGGGAGAACGCUGCAACACUUCCACCACAUUCUCCUUCAACUCGGAGGGCUACGUCUUUGUUCAGUUGCCAGAGUCCAAAAAGAAGAUCAAACGAUCGACACAUGACUACAAUCAUGGACUCCACAUGCAGCUCCGGUUUAAGAGCACCUUGCCUGACAUGGUGUUAUACUACAGGGGCACCAUGGAGCGGUUUGUCUCCCUGGAGCUUGUCGGAGGCUCCCUUCAGGCCAGGGUUAAGUCAGGGAAGUUACUACAGGCUAUUCACCCUGGACCAGUCAAUGACGGAGAAUGGCGCCAGGUCACUGUGACCAUGGACGAGAGGCUGGUUCUGGUUUUAAAAGGACCCGGAUGUGAGGAGGAGUGCCAGGUGAAGAACGAGGGCUACAACCAUCUGAUCUUCCUCCAGCCCAGUUCCUUUCAACAGCUGUAUAUAGGAGGGGCACCGCAGGAAUAUUUAGCCCACACCUACAGUGGACGGGGGUUCAUUGGCUGCAUGGAAGACCUUCGGGUGGACCACAAACCACUUCUGCCCCAGGACCUCAUCAGAGAGGAGAACCAGGGUUUGGAAAUAGGAUGCAGCAAAAUGGACUGGUGUCAGGAAGACCCAUGCAUGCAGCGUGGGCAGUGUGUGGACAUGUGGGUUCGUGCCAGCUGUGACUGUCAUCGGCCUUACUAUGGAGAAAGCUGUGAGAGAGAGUAUCCAUCCUGGACCUUUGGUCAUGAGAACACCACCAGCUACGCUGCCUUCAACAUCUCAGAAACCCACGGAGAAAACUUCACCAUCUCAUUCUUAAUGCGCUCCCUCAAACACAACGGCCUGCUCCUGCAGCUCCAUCGAGAAGGAAAGCCUUACAUGACGAUCUAUCUGAAGGAGGGCACUGUGGCUAUUUACAGCCCUCAUACCACACUGCUGUCCGAGGCCCAGUUAAUCACUGAUGGCAUCAAUAAUUUGGUGACUGUAAAAGUGCGCUAUGGCAAUGUGGUGUUCCCCAAAGCGGGGAAUCAUCGUGCCUUAGGGAAUGUGAGCGUAGAGGCAGGGGAUGUUGCGUAUGUUGGAGGGCUCCCUGCAGGCGAGAGCAUGAACGCCUGGGGUGGAAACUUCAAGGGCUGCUUGCAGGACAUUCGGCUGGACCACAAACACAUGACAGCUGGGGAUCAUCCAGGUGGAGUGGAAAUUUACCAGGAGAGCAACAAGGAGAAUGUGCUGCAAGGAUGCAAGAGUGAUGAUACAUGCAAGGACGGGCCCUGCUUCAAUGGCGGCCAGUGCCAGGUCACCUGGAAUGACUUCAAGUGCAUCUGCUCCGUGAAGUACUCAGGCCGUCUCUGUGAGACACGUUUGUGGUGUGUCGACAAGCCUUGUAUUGACGGAGUGCACUGUGUGGACCUACAGGACGGUUACGAGUGUUUAACUGAGGCCGUUUUUCAGGACAACGCUCUCCAGUUUAUCGCCAACAGCUCCUUGUUGAGCCCUGUAACCAGCAUCACCCUUGAGAUGCGGACACGUGACACAGAUGGGAUCCUACUGCGGGCAGAGAGCAGAGCUGAAGUCUUCUGCUUGGGUCUGCUCAACUCCUCUCUGCUGGUUAAACUGGACAGCGGGGAGGAUUCAGAUCUGCUGGCCUUCACAAGUGACAGCGCCAUCGCAGACGGAGCAUGGCACCAAAUCCAGCUUUCCAUGGUGGACCCCACGCAGUCAGCAUCCCGGUGGCACCUCACCGUGGACGGGCAGAGAGUUGGCAGCACCUAUCAUGAGGGUGGCAACCUUAACUUCCUCAAUGACACCAAGAUUUGGCUGGCUGAGAAAUACACUGGAUGUUUAGGGGAGGUGAGAGUGGGCGGAGUCUACCUGCCACUCGUUAAAGUACAAAAUCCUCCUCAGAUGAGCUGGUUCUCCAGACUGGGUGGGCAUGAGCCAAUCAUUGGAUGCAAAGGUGCACCAAUUUGCGAUUCCCAGCCAUGCCUAAACCAAGGUGUAUGUCAGGACCAGUUCAAUGAGUUUAACUGCAGCUGCAGCGCAGGAUGGGAGGGGAAACUGUGUGAGGCGGAGAUAAACGAGUGCUCCCCAAGUCCCUGUGUCUAUGGUUCAUGUAAAGACCUUCUGGCAGACUACCGUUGUGACUGUGAGCCUGGAUACACGGGCACAAACUGUCAGGACGAGGUGGAUGACUGUCUGGAGUUCAACUGUGUGAAUGGAGGAACCUGCUUGGAAACAAUGGGAGCGAACACAUGUUCAUGUCCUCCAGGCUACAUGGGCAAGCGCUGCCAGUGGCGAUACCCUCCAGCAGCCUGUGAUGCAUACAGAGAGUGUCUUAACGGAGGGGUUUGUAUAGGAGGAGACACUGGAGGAAACUGCACUUGCAAGCCAGGAUACAGCGGCGACAGGUGUGAGACAGAAAUAGACGAGUGUGAGUCCAGCCCUUGUCUGAACGGUGCCACCUGUCUGGACAGGCUCAACCACUUCCAGUGUGUGUGCAUGCCGGGCUUCAGCGGCAAACUGUGUGAGAGAAACAAAGACCAGCAGAGGGAGCGAGUCCCCUGGCUGGUGGUGACCAUCCCACUGAUCACACUGUGUGUGCUGCUGGCUAUCCUGGUGGUGUUUUUCCUCAUCAUGACGGCACGGAAGAAGCGUCAGUCAGAGGGCACGUACAGCCCCAGCUCGCAGGAGGUGGCCGGUGCCAGGCUGGAGAUGGGCAGCGUCCUCAAAGUGCCACCAGAGGAGAGGCUGAUCUGAGGUCUGCAGCCCUCCAAACAUGUAAGGGGGGGAGAUAACACAUGCUCUGCAAAGGGUGGGGAGAACGUAUGCUCUGCAGGGUCAUAUUGCUGGCCCUUUCCUUCCUUACAAGGAAGUGAUGGAGGAUAAAUCAAUGACAAAUUAUCCACAUGGGAAAACUACUGACACAGAGGCCUCAGAGAUGGACGAGUAAAGAGCAAAGGCUGAGAGAGACAGUCCUGAUUGCUCAUGCUGUCCUGCUGUGGUUAAGGAUGCUCUGACCCUGGAUGUGCCCUGGAAAUGUGGAGUCUUGAGGACUUUUUCAAGCUUAAAUGUCAAGAUAUCCUACUCGACUAAAACAUGACUAAAGACAGAGUGAAGUUACAAAGAAAUGUUUCACACAGACUGACAAUUCCUGAAAUUAUCGCCCUCUAUGCGGUCAUGUAAAACAAAGGAUCUGAUCAUUUAUGAUUAAUCAAAGAAAAAUGGAGGAAUGUGUAGAAGGUGAGGGAUUCUGUUGAAUUGAGUUUAAUUCAGCAUGAGUAUAAAUUGCAACGAAGAAUUAUUUCUUCAUCAACGAACCCGCUGUAGUCGUAUUAUAUUACACGCACAAGGGGUGCUAGUUGGUCAUUUCUUAAAAACAGAUACUAAUCAUGAUGUCCAAUCCUGUUUUUUUUUGUCCUUGAUGGUAAUCACCUUUGACCUCAGAGUGGCAAGCUUCUAAAAACUGUUGUGUAUAUAACUGCUGUAUAAUAUUGUCCAUGUGCACUGUAUGGCUCAAGAGGCUAACCACUGUUUCUGUUUUUUUUGUUAUUGUUUAUUUUGCUCUAAGUGUUUUCUUUUUUUGUGUUGUGUAUAGUUUGCUAAGUCAAGUCACUGUAUUUUUUUUGUUGUAUUUUCUUUAUUUUCAAUGAGAACAGUAUUUAAUUGUAAGAAUGUUGUGAACUAAGGUGGUCAAAUCAGUAUUUAUGAAAAAAAAAAAACAAUAUUUGAGAUUUGGAAACAAAGACAGAAGGAAAAACAAACAAUUACAUUUAGCAAAGAAUGUCUGCUCGUAUUCGGACUGAUUUCAAGCAAUAAUGCAACAUACUGGACAAUACAUUCAUUUGCUUUCUUUACAACAAUGAGAUGAGAAGGUAAAUAAAUAUGAGACGUAGCUUAGCAUAAGGACUGGAAGCAAGGGGAAACAGCUUGGUAACUACCCAAGGCUCAUGACUAUUGGGUUGGCGCGCAGAUCAACUGUGAGUCUAAGUCAUUGUUGAUGCCAAACCAAUGCAAUGGCGAGUCUCACUUUGUCCUUCAAUAGUGAACAAGACCCCAAGAUAUUCAAACUCUUUAAGUCCGGUUGGCAACUCCCAACCUGUGGAGAGAGAAAACAUUGGCCCAGAAUUUGA